UCCGCUGGUUCAAUUACGUGUUCGGUGCAACCCAACUGGUUAAAAUCUGAUUGGGACAUUGGACCCUGUGCUUUGGAACUUUCACAGUAUGCAAUAUACUCUGAGAGAUGCUUUCAAGGCCAAUGGGGGGGUCUAUCAUACCCUGCGCCUCCGGCUGUUCAGUAGGGAGUGGAAACCCGCAGUAUGGUUCUGGUUUACGCCUCUUUCGCAAUCGGGCUUGGAUUUUAACUCUCAUGUGGCUGGUGACGAGAGCCACGUUGGCUUGCGUUAUCACCCUGAGGCACGACUCGAGUUCCCCAGUGACUGGACCUCAAGGUUCACCCCGUCAUUCACCGCAAUCCGGACUUUUGUAAGCAGCAGUGACGAGAACGUCCACCUCGCCAUAGCGUUGAAUUGGCGCACAGGGAACAACAUCGCGUAUCGGCUUCAGCGUUGCCUUAGGCUAUGGGUUUUCGACUGCCUCCAGAUUGGCUCAACUGCUGGAGAUCAAUUCAAAAGGGGCCAACAAUCCGUAUGUAUGGCUGGUGAUUACGGAGCGGGCGAAUAUACCCCACGAUUUGGAUCCUACGAAAGGCAAAUCGCUUUAGGCGUUCGCACUCCUUUGUGCUACUCAGUGACGGCUGUUGUUGACCAACAGUUAUCCACUCCUUAAGCUUCGAUCCCGUGGCAUACCAAUACCUGUAAUUGGUAGUGCGCAGUAAUUCUCAAGCUCGGUUCCUGUCAUUCUCUCGUUCCUCCGUUUAAUUCUUUGGAUACUGCCCUGGUGCCCGGGAUUACCGAUGGCGCUGCAACCAACUUGUGCAAUCUCAGCUGGUUUUGCAUUCCUGCACGAACGACGGGAUUUCAACACAUUCCUCUAGCAUGGCACUGGAGAGACGAACCUUGCCCCCCUAUAGAUGUCCCAGGGAUAAGCUCAUCGGCGUCUGGUCUUGUGCGGCUUUCUACGCUGCAAUUCCUCUGUAGGC